AUGGCUGAAGAAAAAAAAAGUUCUGCAACUGUUACUGAAACAAAUAGGCAAGGAAAUGACAAAAAGUUGCCUGGAAAUGGGGAUGAGAAAAAAGAGGAGUCUUGGGGUUACGACUUGUAUCCAGAGAGGAGAGGAACUUUUAAGCCGAAAUUAGGAAAUAUCCUUAUUGGUAAGGAGGGAAAAGAAAAUCUGGAUAAGAUCAAGUGUGAGAAAAAUGUUUAUCAUUGUGUGAAAAACAGUCCUAUAGUAAAAGUAAUGAUGGCAGCCCUGAAAAGUUCUGGUUGUCCCAUUGAUAUCAGAAGACAUAUUUCAUGUGAAGUUUGUGAUUACUCAGUGAGUGGUGGUUAUGACCCUCAAUUAAAUCAGAUAGUCGUCUGUCAAAAUGUUUCAACGCGAAAGGGUAUGGUUCAGGGAGUGCUCACGCACGAAAUGAUCCACAUGUUCGACUACUGUCGCAACGAGCUGGACUUCAAAAAUAUGGAACAUUUGGCCUGCACAGAGAUCCGCGCUGCGAACCUCACGCACUGCUCCUUUGUUAGCGCUUGGUCGCAAGGAGACGCUUCCUGGACCAAAGUUAAAGAAGCCCAUCAGGAUUGCGUGAAGACAAAAGCACUGUAUUCAGUUCUCGCCGUCCGACAAAUCGGCAAGGAGGAGGCCGUCGACAUAAUCGAAAAAGUGUUCCCGAAAUGUUAUGCAGACUUGGAACCCAUCGGACGGCGAAUAAGAAGGAACUCGGACGAUAUGAUGCGAGCGUUCAGAGAAGCUGCGUAUUAUGGCUACGAAUGA